GUUGUCGUGCAUAGUCUAUGCUGUAAUACCAAUCCAAGCCGGAAAGGUAGAACCCUUGGUAGAACAGAUAGCCCAAAACCAUGAAGAGCACACUGGUAUUGUGUGCAACUGUCUUCAUUGUUCUGGGUUCAACGGCCGGAGGUGCAACAGAAAAGGACCUGCAGUACCGAGUGCGCCGCCAGGAGCCGCUCGCCUUUGCCAAACACCCUGUCAGUAUCUCCGCGGAGCUGGAAGACACGGUCAUCUUCGAAUGCUCCGCGGAGUCCAACGGUGGACAGCCAACUUUAACAUGGUAUAAGGAUGACCAGAGGGUUACUUCGUCCCAGACCGGAAUAUUUCUCCUGGCCAAUAAGAACCUGUUGGUGCUGGUGUCACGUGACAACCUGGGCACCUACACAUGUCAGUUGGAGCUGGGUGGUGACGUCAUCAGGACUGACGCCACGCUCACUUUACAAUCAGACGAAGAGAAAAUUGAAUUUCUUGAACGGCCUCAGAACGCGUCUGUCAACUUUGGUGAACGUCAGGUGUUCAGGUGUAAGGUCGCUGGUGACCACCAACCAACAUGGCUGAAGGACGCGAGCUCGAUGUUCCUGGACGGACAGCGGGUGUUCCAGCAUCGGGGGGACCUGCACAUCACCUCCGCCACCGUGGCUGACACGGGCCGGUACACCUGCCAGGUCAGGAACGGACAACACACCGCGGAGGCGCACGCCUGGCUAGCUGUGAACGUGGACACUGAGCUGGUCUGCGGUCGCCCGGUGUACAAGAAGGGUCCUGAAGGUUUUAUCGUUGGCGGUACGGAGGCUGACCCCGGGACCAUCCCGUGGCAGGCCAUGCUGUGGGACGUCCGGCCCAGCAGAAACAGGCACUUCUGUGGCGGCGCGCUGGUCAACUCUCAGUGGGUCGUCACGGCAGCGCACUGCAUUGUAGAGGCGGAGGUUACAAAGGACGACUUCAUCGUUCGCCUCGGGAAGCAGGUGGCUAAGCGCGGGGUUUUGGAGGAGAACGAGCGGUCCUACACGGUGCAGGAGGUUAUCGUGUACGAGGGAUUCGUCCACGACACGUACGACGCAGAUCUUGCGCUCAUACGCCUAACAGAGAGAGUCCUAUACACGGACUACAUCCUGCCGGUGUGUUUGCCGUCCGUGGACCGGGCUAGGCGCCUCAUCCGGCCGGGUUCGGCGGGGACUGUGUCGGGAUGGGGUCGUGUGGUGGAGGGAGGACCUUACUCUAAUGUACUGAAGAAGGUUCUGAUUCCCAGGGUGUCCCAGGGGCGUUGUCGGAAGGCCCACCCACAGUAUGACGUCACCAGAAACAUGUUCUGCGCAGGUCGGCCCGGAGGAGGGGAGGACGCGUGCGACGGGGACAGCGGAGGUCCUUUCACUGUGUAUGACGAAGACCGUGAGUACUUGCUGGGGGUGGUGAGUUGGGGAGACGGCUGUGCGUUGGCGGGAAAGUUCGGAGUGUACACUCGUCUGCACAAGUUUUUCACCUGGAUACAAGCGAUCGUAGUGGAAGAAGAAUCGCAAGAGGACGCAGGGUGCGUAACUUCAAACCUCGGUGCCAUCGCAAACGGCAGGGUGGUUGUUGACAGCAGCGCCACCCCCGCCCAAGCCCGGUACUUCUGCGACGCUGGAUAUCGUUUAGAGGGAGCCGCAGUGCGCGUGUGUGAAGUGGGCGGACGAUGGAGUGACGAACCACCAAGAUGCACAGCAUUACAGUGCCCGCCCGUCGAAUCCCCGAGAAACGGAGUCGUGCAGACACCAAGGCGACAGCACGGAGACAUGGCCACGUACACAUGCGACUCUGGGUACGAGCUGAAGGGGCCGAGAAGCCGCGUGUGUCAGUAUGGACAGUGGGUUGGGAACGAGCCCAGGUGUGAACCCAUGGGUUGUCCCAUUCCAAACCGACCUGAGAACGGCCACGUACGUUUUGAGACCCGCACGCACGGCUCCCUGGCGAUUUACACCUGCACUGCAGGGUACGAACUGGCCGGGCCCCACAUGCGGGAGUGCGUCAACCGACAGUGGACCGGCAGUCAGCCAGUUUGUGAGAAAAAGGCGGUACUGUGUCCGCCUGUCGAAGCCCCGGCGAACGGAGCCGUGCAGGUGUCGGGAAGACAGACCGGAGACAGGGCCAAGUUUACCUGUGCUCCUGGGUACGAGAUUAGAGGGCCACAGAGUAUCCUGUGUCAGGACGGAGUCUGGGCUGGGGACGAGCCGACAUGUGAGCCCCAAGAAGAGGACUUUCCUCGUGACUGUACGGACUGGUACGACCAGGGACAGAGGGACUCCGGGGUUUACUCCGUCCAGCCUCGGGGCUCAGACGAUAUCUUCAGCGCCUGGUGUGAGUUUGAGGACGGUGUCUGGACAGUCAUCCAGCGGAGACAGGACGGCUCUGUCGACUUCUUCCGCAACUGGCAGGAAUACAAGGAUGGUUUUGGUGAUGUGGCCGGUGAGUACUGGCUUGGAAACAAGAAUAUCUACUUCCUGACCAACCAAGCAAAAUACAAGCUGCGGAUAGAUCUGGAGGACUUCGACGGGCGAAAGUUCUUCGUCGAAUAUUCACAGUUCCGAAUAGAGAACGAAGCCGACGACUACAGGCUUCGGCUCGGGAACCACUCGGGAAACAUCGGGGAUGGCAUGACGAAGCUGGACCGAGACCAACCCUUCACGACUAAGGACCACGGCGCCAGGCAAGGUUCGCACUGCGCAAGGGUACAGAAAACGGGCUGGUGGUUUGGUGAGGUGUGCCUCAACUGGGCCAACUUGAACGGAAUGUACAAAGAUAGUGGUGAAUACACGGGAGAGCAAAAUGGCAUCUUCUGGUUCCCACUCAGACUGAUCGGCUACCCAAAGCUGCACUCCCUGAAAAAGGUGACCAUGAAGUUACGCCGCCUAGCAGAACCUGGUGGAACAGGUGAAGUUAAGCCAACUCCAACACCGGCCCCAGAAGAGUGCACAGGACAAUGUGGCGGCUCAAACUGUGAUUUGAAAAGUGUGGUGAAUCCGAUUGACCACAAAACGUCUGGCUUUAACCAAGGAGCAUGGAUGAAGGAUCCUACAGGAGACCCAGACACCAUCUACUACAUGAACAACUACUACGUAGGGUCCAUUCUGGUCUACAGAAACCUUGACGACUUCAAGAACGAUCGGCUGCAGAACACUAUCAAAGUGUCUGCCUGUGGUACAGGCCAUGCUAUCUACAACGGUAACUUCUACUCUACAAGGUAUCACAGCAACAAGAUGUUCAAGAUGAACUUAAAGACAGGAGCUACAGUUGAAAGAAUCCUUCCGGACGCCGGAAGUAAAAACACGUACCACUAUCAGGGAAAAGCUCUCACGGACAUAGACUUUGCUGUCGAUGAGAAGGGAUUAUGGGUAAUCUACGCCACGCCCCAAAAUGGCGGCCGUAUCGUGGUGAGUCGACUGGAUCCAGAGGACCUGUCCAUCAUCCAGACGUGGAAUACGACGUACACGAAACGAAAUGCCGCCAAUGCUUUCAUGAUAUGUGGAGUGCUGUAUACAGUUGUUCGGCAACGAGGGGUCGACUACUCCUUUAACACGACGACCGGAGAGGAGGGAUCCCCCGGCCUGCCGUUCCCUACGGUGACCAGUGACAUCCGGCAUCUGUCGUACAACCCCCGGGAACGGAGACUGUACGCCUGGCGGGCAGGGCACCAAGUCACGUACGACUUAGAAAUAUCCGGCCUGCCUGACAAAGAGAGUCUACCAAAAUUAUGUAGAGGAAAAUUGUGCAAAGAUUGUUCUGAUGCUUUCAACUACCAUAAACAAGAUGGCGUCUACACAAUUGAGCCAGAAGUGGGUGUGUCAUUCCAGGUCUACUGCCGUAUGGUUGAUGGUGCUGGAUGGACGGUGAUUCAGCGGAGAAAGGACGGUUCUGAAAAUUUCUUCCGCACUUGGGACGACUACAAGAAUGGAUUCGGAAGCCCAGGGAACGAGCAGUGGCUUGGGAACGAGAAGAUCCAUGCGCUCACCAAACGCGGCGUGUACAAACUCCGUGUUGACCUGACCGAUUUCCAAGGAAAUGAAGGAUUUGCAGAGUACGACUUGUUUUACUUGGCGGGUGAGAAAGACCGGUACACACUGAGGCUGGGACGAUACAGUGGCACAGCGAAGGAUUCCUUAAGUUACCAUGCAAACCUACCGUUCAGCACCAAGGACAGGGACAACGAUGGUUUCUGGUCAAAUUGUGCGGCCAAUGACAAAGGAGGUUGGUGGUACGAUGGUUGUUACGCCUCCAACCUGAACGGACAGUGGUACCCAGCGGAGUCCCACACACGGCACCCUGACGGACUGGUGUGGUGGCAGUGGCCGUACUGGGACAACAACUACCACUUCUCACUUAAGUCUACGGAGAUGAGGAUCCAGUUCCAACCAGACGCUCAAGAUACUGAAUUGUACGUAGACUGUGACGCGGUGAAACGCUCAGGAGAGCGGGUUACCGGAGUGUUUUGGAUCCGUCCGAGGGAGACGGUUGAGCCUUUCCCCGUCCACUGCGACUUACAAGACGGCGAUGCCGCCUGGACCGUCAUCCAAGAGCGAAAUCACACCGUGGGGGAGAACUUCACGAGGGGUUGGGAAGACUACAAGAACGGCUUCGGCGUCAUUUCCCGAGAAUACUGGCUUGGUAAUGACAAGAUACACCAACUCACUAAGGACGGGGACCACAGAGUCAAGGUCCAAGUUCACUCGUUCAGCGGUCUACAAAGAUCGUACGAGUACGAUAACUUUAAGGUGGCAGGAGAAGAUGAGAACUACCGCCUGACGUUGUCUGGUUUUACAGGAGCCGGUUCGUGCAUGGAACGUGUUGGGACCGACUUGAACGGGAUGGCGUUCAGCACCAUGGACAGGGACAAUGACAAGGUCGGCUACAGUUGUGCGGAGAGAUGGAAAGGAGGAUGGUGGUAUAGAGGGUGCACUCAACUAAUACUCAACGGGGUUAUUAAGGAAUACAGUGGUCACGAGGAGUAUCGUGAAGUAACGGGAAGAGGAGAGGGUCUUUGUAACGUUUGCUUACAGCAAGGCCCACCCGUGUCUCUAAAUUGGGUCAGUAUCAAGAUACAGGCAAGGGAGCAGCCUGACGUGUAUCGGGACUGUGAUCACGCCCGUAGCGAUGGGAAAACAGCCAGCGGGAUCUACCAGCUUCAACCUCGGGGGGCAACCCAACCUUUCUCCGCCUUCUGCGAGAUGGAGUCUUCGAAGGGAAGCUGGACUGUGAUCCAAAGACGAACCAAACAGGGCACGGUUAACUUCACCCGAGGCUGGGAAGACUACAAGAGAGGGUUCGGUGACCUGGAGGGCGAGUUAUGGCUCGGGUUGGAAAACAUAUUCGCUCUGACGAACCAGGGACAAUAUGCGCUCCAGAUAGACUUCAAAAGCUACACAGGGGUUUCCGGCUACACUCUAUACUCCUCCUUCAAAGUUUCCAGCGAGAGUGAUCACUACCGCUUGCACCUGGGGAACAGGCGAGGGGGCAUAAGCGACUGUCUGAAUACUCGCUCCACAGGGAAAAACGUCACAGGAAUGGCUUUCACGACAUUUGACAGGGACCAUGACAUGGCACGCUAUAAUUGUGCAGAGAAGUACAGAGGUGGCUGGUGGUUUAACAGCUGUUCCAGCGUGAUUCUCAACGGAGUGAAGAAGUACUGGAGAACCCAUGAUCAGUACUACCAGGAGGUUCGCCAGGGUCUCGGUCUGUACAACGUCUGUCUGCAACAGGGGCCGCCAGUCUCUCUGUCGGACGUCACCAUGAAGAUAUCUACAUUCCCUAAUUUGUCAUAGUUCAAGUACAUGACUUUGUUAUCAAUUAGCAUCUAAGCUUAUGAAACUAAAAUUUAACCUUGUAAAUGAAUGUCUUUGUGUGCAUUCAAUAAUCGACGGCAGUAAAAUUUGUGGUUCACGUUUUUUUUCAAUUAUUUUUUAUCAAAGCAUAUGUGCUGAUCUCUGGUUACCAAACCUUUUUAUACCUCCCGAGUCCUACCUCUCCGCAAAUAGGUCUGGGGGCUGUAGGACUCCGGAGCUAUAAUAGGUUUGGUAACCAGGGUAGCUGAUCUCACCAAUAAGAUUUGUGUACGUAUGUGUGUCAAUCCUUACUUAACUUCGUUUGAUGGUAGCGUCUGUUUUGCUAGGUUUCCUGUGCUUGUUGAUGUUAUGGCAUUUGUAAGACAUCCAGGGCGUCUUG